AUGUUAAGAAAUAUGCGAUCUACGGGACGAAUCGAAGAAACCGAAAAAACUGAUCUUUUGUGGAAUGUGAUAACAUUUUUGGACUCAAAAAGUUGUUCAGUAGUGCCACAAAGUUGGCUUGUUAAAAAUCCAGGAUCUAUUGUUAGAUGUAAAUGGCCUAAACAUAAAGUUACUAAUAAUAUGAUAAUGAAAUAUCAAAAACCCUCUGAAGACUGGUUAGAGUAUGAUGUAAAAAUUAUUGGUUUACCUUAUGAUUGUUAUGAAGAUGCUCUUAGUCGUGAAUGUUUGUUAAUUAAUGAAUCCUCGUCAGAGGCUGAACCAAUUCAAUCAUGUAGCAUUAAAAAAACUAAAAAAAAACAAAGGGUCAAUAUGCUUAAGAGAAACCUAUAUGACCUAGAACAUAAUACAGAAACAAUGACGAGUGAUGAUACAAGCCCAGAAUACACUCCAAUAAAAAUCACAAAAAUGUCUGGUGCAGAAAAUAUAAAUGGGUCACCAAUAAAUUUAAGAUUAUCACCAAACAUUAUAUCUGAAGCAUUUAAUGUCUUAAAUAAUAGUUGUUUAGUUACAAACAACUAUAGUGAUGAACUCAAUAUAAUUGACAUUCAGAAUCAUGAAAGUACUAGUAAUGCAACCCGACGUCAGCUAUUUAACAAUAUUGAUGACCAUAUUGAAAGUACCAGUAGAAUUUAUCCUGAAAUUGAUAGAAUUCAAAAUAAUUCAUUACAGAGCUCUUUAGUCGACAAUUAUAAUUCUCAUGAAUUAUUGAAAAAAAUACAUGAAACAGUAGUUUCAAUUAACAUGUAUGUUCAAAGGUUGGAUGCUAGGAUUGAUAGAUUGGAAAAGACAAAUUUGUUUAUUGAAAAAAAUUCAUCAAAAAUGACUGCCUCUUCUUUUGAUGAUACAUUUUUGAAUUUGUUUCCUUUAAAGUCGACAGAAGACUUAACUAAUAUUGAGCAAAUGAUAGUGAAUGAUAAGGAAUUUGAAUUUAAAAUGAAAUCUUACAUGGAAAUUGUUGGCGGUACAGAUGCUAAAAAUUUAAUUAAAAGAAAUUUACAAAGAUUAUUUUCUAAUGUUUUGGCUAAAAAAUGUUCUUGGACUGGAUCUGGUAGAGAUAGUGAAACUAGAGAAGCCAAUUACAAAUUACAGAGCUUAAAAAUCAUGGCCUUUAUGUUAGAGUUAUGCCGACUUAAAUUCAACUGUACAGAUUGUGAGUUUGAAAAAAAUAUUAAAGAUUGGUUCAGACAUGGAUAUCAGAGAUAUAAAAGAGACCUUGAAAAAAGCACUGAAUCUUAA